UUCGAAAAAUAGAAAUGCUCCUUUAGUAUGCAUUCAAAGAAGAAUAACAGGGCGGCUCUUUAGCGACGCAUCACGGCUACUAUAGUUACCAUCCAAUGUUAACGAUACGGAGUCGCGAAAGUGUAUUUGGCGUUAAUAUUCACGAAAAAUGGAGUUACCAGUUACAUAUUGUUUAUGUGGCCGUUCUUACGAUUUCGAACAAUUUAUGAUACAAUGUGAUGUUUGUAAAGAAUGGUAUCAUGGAGGGUGUGUUUCUGUAAAAGAAUAUAUGUCCAUAGAUCUUGACAAAUACCAUUGUCCGCGUUGUGAAGCAAUGUGCGGGCCAUCGCUUAUGAAAACAAAAUUGAAUUGGCAUAGACAUGAUUAUACCGAGCCCGAUGCUGAUACAAAACCAGUUCAAACUGGCACACCAGUAUUUAUAAGGGAAUUAAAAUCCAGACAUUUUCCAAAAGCUGAUGAAGUUGUUAAACAUGUUAGAGGACAGCAAUUGACUCUUCAAUAUUUACAAGCUAAUGGCUUUGAAAGUCCUAUUAUAAUUGAUGGGAAGGAUGGACUUGAUAUGACCGUUCCACCACCAAACUUCAGCGUUUAUGAUGUCGAAAGUUACAUAGGUGGAGAUCGAGACAUGGAUGUAAUCGACGUUACAAGACAAAGUAAUAUCAGAAUGAAAUUAAGAGACUUUGUUGAAUAUUACAAUUCCCCUUGCAGAACAAGGGUUCUUAAUGUGAUUAGUCUUGAAUUUACAAACACUGGUCUUUCACCAAUGGUCGAGGCACCAUACAUCGCGCGUAAACUUGACUGGGUUAAUUCUGUUUGGCCGCGUGAUUGGCUCGAGGAUAGUGACAUAAAACGCCCCGAAGUGCAAAAGUAUUGCCUAAUGGGAGUCAAAGACAGUUUCACAGAUUUCCACAUUGAUUUUGGUGGUACAUCUGUGUGGUAUCACGUGCUACGCGGAGAGAAAGUGUUUUAUCUGAUCAGGCCUACACCUGCUAAUUUACAACUGUAUCAACAUUGGAUGUGCAGCUCAACGCAGAGUGAAACCUUCUUUGGAGAUCAAGCCGAUGCGUGUUACAAAUGCGUUAUAAAACAAGGCCAAACUAUGAUGAUUCCAACAGGUUGGAUACACGCUGUAUUAACUCCAGUUGAUUCUUUGGUCUUCGGUGGAAAUUUUGUACAUAGCCUUAACAUUCCAAUGCAACUACAAAUAUACGAAUUAGAAAAAAAAAUGAAGACUCCUGCCAAAUUUCAAUAUCCUGGUUUUGAGACAAUCAAUUGGUUCGCAGCAAAGAAAUUACUGAAAGAAUUGAAAGAAUUAAAUAAUGAAGGAAAGAAAUGUCCAGCGUAUCUUUUACAGGGUGUUAAAGCAUUACUCAGUAUUCUAAAACAGUGGAACACAGAUAAGGACUAUAAUAUGACCAGUAGAGGUCAAAUACCAGAAACAAUAAAUAGUCAAAAAUUGUUAAAAGAUUUCAGUAAGGAAAUUCGACAUGCUGAACGAUACUUAAUAUCUUUAAAUCCCCCGAAACCAGAGCGAGAGAGUAAACGCAAGAAAAAGAAACCAUUGAAUAAAGAUUUUGUAGAUUAUGAUGUUGCCGAUAGAAUGCCUGAUAAUCCGUUCAAAGCAACGUUAAAAGAGACGAGUAAAGCGAAUUCUACGAUUGUAGAGUCACCGUCAUCCGGUAGACCACCCUUGAAACUCACAUUACCGAAACCCAUCAUGUAUCCCUAUGCCAAAACUCAAAGUCCAACAUUGGAAGAGAAAAAUGUUUCCCCUGUUAGUAAUAGAAGAUCGUCAAAACCGGGUAAACAAAGUCCAACCGUAAUUAGAUUUAAGCUCGGCAAUAAUGAGGUGGUCAGGAGUACACAUGAUGACAUAAAUACGUAUAAUAAUUUACACUCUGACCAUCCCCUUGGGACAUCGAAAGAAUUAACUUGGAAACAAACUUCCAUAUACGAUUUUCACGACGGCAGCAAUGAAAGCGAUUAUGGUCGAUUUACUAUUGACGAGUCGCCAAAACGAAAGAGAACACCCAAAACUAAUACGCAAAAGCGUUUAAAACGCGAUUACGAUGGAGAUGUUGAUGUUUUAAAUGAUGCACCAAAAAAUGGAAUUGAAGAAUUAUUAAAAGCUUCGGCUUAUACCUUGGGAAACGGGACUCAAAGAUUGGAUGUAACGACAUCAAUGAUAUCACAAUAUAGUCAACCUAUGCCACCACCUACUGGUAUUUAUAAAUUGAAAACAACCAGUUCUGGUAGGGCAUCUCCUUCGACUCGGGAAGCAAUUGCCGGGAUGCUAUCCUUCAGUGAACAAUGUUAUUCAACUACGUCAAAUAGUACAUCGAAAUCUACAAAAAUCACGAAAGUUCAAACUAGCGAGGAUGACGAUCAGUCUAUAGAAAAUAUCGAUAAAGUUCAUCAGGACGAUGAUUUUAUUUACCCGACUCUAGACGCUUCAGACGAUGAAGAUUUUAUUUUUAAACCUAAAGCGAAAAGUCAAAUAGACGAGGCAUGGAAUCCAAAAGCCAGAGUAGGACCUCUCUUGCCAAAAACGAAUCGUCCAGCUCGAGAAGGUGUCAAGAAAACAUCUGUCGAAAAAGGGCUCGAAGCAGCGGCAGCGAAACGUGCAAAACAAUCGGACGAUUAUCUGGAUAACAACAUGGAUAAGGGCUCCAAGAAGAAAUUGAGCACAACUAAGCGGACGUAUAAUAAAAAGAAGCAAAAGAAUUCAUCUGUAACUUCGGCAACUGGUACAUCGGCCACAUCUUCGGAAAAUACCGCAAAAACAAGCAUCGGAUUCGGCUCGAUAUUAACGAGUCCUAAUAGGCUCAAGGAUGUUAAAGCGAAAUUAGCCGCCCCAGUUCCAGUUGAACGAAAACCAAAGAAAGGAAUGAAAACGGCGAAGCAACGCUUAGGAAAAAUUUUGAAACUUCACAAAAUGAUGCACUAGGUUAAAAAAUAGCAAAAAAUCAUGAACGUAACGGACUAUACAUCACAUUACACUCUCGAUUUGUGUACAAAAACUACAUAUGUAAUAGAUGUACAUUGCUAUGUAAAUAUGUUGAAAUCAUUAAGGUAGUAUAACUAUCUUAAGAAUCUAGUUUUUAAAAUUACGAUCGUUUUUAACGAGAUAUUUAUAUUUAUUAUCGCAGUAUUUAAUUUUAAGAUAUAUAUACAUAUAUAUGUAUAUAUUGUAUGUUUUGAUACUUGACUACUUCAGUAAGAGAUUAUUUAUGUUGUAGCGAACACUUGCUGAAGCUUUUCAUAAAUGUACAAUUUUAUUUUAAAGCAUUAUUCGUUUAUAACUAACGAAAGAACAACAUUGUCCAUCUAAUUGUAAAGAGGCUGUAGUAUAUUAAAUCUUUUUCAAUUCACUAUAUAAUAGUGAACAGCAACAAAUUUUGUAUGGCAUAAUAGCUGCACGACAACGAAAAACAGUGGGAUAAUCGAUACUGUAUUCUGUAUACAUUUACUUAGAACUUUUGGUCUCGAUUAUGUGCUUUUCGUUAUAUUUACGUCUUGUACUUACUUCUAUCUUCGGUUUAUAUCAAGUUAUAUUCACUUUGAUAUAUUAUAAUAUUUAAUAAUUUAUUCAAUCACCUAUACUCUAUACGUUUGAACAAACACUAAACGUGUUGUAGAAUAUGAUUCAUUUUCAUUUUUAUAAACUAAUGUAAUCCUUUUUGUAUAUCUAUUAAUAUCUUGUAAUUGAGCAUGCUCAUAUGUCAAAAGAAUACAAACAUUGCACACAUAUACACAUAUAAAUUACAGCUGUCUGUCUUCAUUUAUUAUCAGUUUCAUUAUCAAUGACACAAUUUCUCACUUGUAACCACUGAUUUAUAUGUAUAAUUAUUAAUUGAAAGAUGACACUAAUUAAAAGGUGACACAGUCUUUCAUUUAUAAUCACUGAUUUGUAUGUAUUAUUAUUAAUUGAAAGGUAACACCGAUAAUAUAAUUUUCACAGUAAUGUAUACAAUAUAUUUCUUUUAUAAUUACUAUACAUACUAUACAUUCGUUGCGACGUUUAUAAAUGCGAGAUGCGAUGUAUGGAUUUCAUACUUCCCGCUGAAUGUAAAGUGCAAAGGAGUGUGAGCGCAUGCGUGUAAUUAUCUGUACUCAGCAGUAUUCAGUAGUACCUUGAUUGAUGCUGACCGUUUUGUAAAAUUUCUCGUUGAUUUGAUGUGUCUUCGCGAAAAAGUCUAUCGACCGUUCGUUCUCUGUGUCCGUCGCUAAUUAUAUCUGCGAGUGUGUAUUUCAACGAUUUAAUCGUAUUCAAUAUCUGUUUUCUAAUCAGUGUCAAUUGCUCGUGUCUUUUCUUCGAAAAAUUUUCUUCUAAAAUUUAUGGUGCUUUCAACACGUAGUGUAUGUAUAUACGUAUAGAACUUACGUAUAGCGUACAAAUUGUGAAACGAUCGUGAGCCAGUGAAUCAAUAGUAAAAGGGAAAUUCAUUGUAAUAUGCGAUAAUACCGACUGGGACGUGAAAUUGUUUCCUUUUGACCGCGUGGAAUAUUCAAGACGCUAUCGCGUGUAUUUGACGUUCACAAGCAACCACAGAAACGAGUAGAACGCGCAACACUAACUGCAGCACGGAACAGGACAUUUUGAACGAAGUUUGAAGAAGUAUGUAAGAGAGAGCGAGGAACUUCCUACCACUACCGCUGCUGUCACUGCCUACACCACGACUUCCAGCGACUACCAGCGACUACCGGCGACUACCGGCGACUACCGGCGACUACCGGCGACUACCGGCGACUACCAGCGACUACCAGCGACUACCAGCGACUACCAUUGCGAGCUUCUCUUCGUCUCGCUUUUUACAGGGUACCGAGGUGCUCGGAAGAGAAAGUUUUCUUCCGAGGUGGGGAUGGAGAAACCCGUAGGCAAUAAAACAAUAAAUUUUCUCUUCGAAGGCUCACAGGUUUUUUAAUAAGUCGCAGGAUUUGUUUUUUUACGACGUCCUGUCUUCGGAAGUCGUUUCGCGGACUAUGCGGCCAACACAUGUGCUUCAACCCUUUCUAUACGGCCAUGGGUUGCUACACUUUUAUGCGUAUGUCCUACCCAGUUGAAUUACGUUAAGACUCUCGCUGAAUAAUAAGAAAUGACAAAUAAAAUGAAAGAAAAACGAUGGCCGAUUUGAACAAAUUAGCAACGCCAUCGUGCGAUCCAAAGACGCAUCAUCAUGCCGCAUGACCCACCGAUGGCUCACAGUAUGAUAAUCCUGUUAAACAUGACAAUUAUGUACCAAUUAAUGAUAUUAUGAAACAUUUCGCGAUAAUGUUUCUUCUUAUGUGUAAUUAUCCAAAUGACCUGAACGAGGAGUUCAGCGUGGGCCAUCCGUGGCUCAAAUCAAAGGUAUCAAAUCAAUUUACGAUGGUUCGUUACAUACUUAAUGAAAUUACUUGAAAUAUAAUUCCAAACGAAAUGAGCCAUCGUAAAUUGAAUUGAUACCGAUACAAGAAACACGCACUGCCAGACACAAUAAUAUUGAUUCUUAAUACCGAUUCCACGAGAUUGUAACAGGAACUAAGAAUGUUCUGGAAAAUUGUUGUUUGUAAAGAGAAAUAACAAUGCAACUGUAUCGACGAAGUGCUACGAGGAACGAGAUCAUCUUGAAUUUCUGAAGAAAAGAAAGUUUGAAUUCGCCUCGAAGUGGGCUAUAAACCUAGCUAAAUGAAAACAUAUACAAUUUAUAAAAACAAAUUGAGGUCUCGAACUCCUUGACAAAUCUAUUGGUCAUCGUAAGAUGUCCUCCUCCAAACAAAAUACGUAUUACUUGAGAUAUUUUUUUCUGUAAUAAAUAGUUUAGCAGACAAUUGCGUGAUACCAUUGAAAUAUUCUAUGACACCAAAUGAGACAAAAAUGAAACAAAGCAGAAUUGCACACACAAACGAAAAUAAAGUUUGGAAACUCAAGUCUACGCGAAUUUGGCUAAUUUCCAAUUAGACAGGAGUAGACAAUCUGUAAGAAGUUACAUAUUCUACGAGCGAAUAUAAGCCCGUAAAAUAAAAUAAAAUUCUUCUGUUUAAGGUCACAUUUUCCAAAGAAUACAGUUUGAACACGUUCAGCCACGACUGUCAGGGAUUUGGAACGAAAAAGAAGGAUGUUGAAAAAUGGCCACUUUUAGACCUCCUUGCGAACGAUAAAUUCUUACAGGACAUUUAAGAGCAUCUUUCGACGAACGAUGCGUGUUAUUACCAUUUAUCCAAAAUGCGAUAGGAAAGUUAAAAAGAAAAUGAGUGCGAAGAUGAAAAAGUGGCAAACUUACUCGUGUGUUACACUUAAUCUUCAUUUUCUUCAUACUCUUGUUCACUUAUAGGAUAAUUUUUCGUCUAUAUCGACAUCGUAAUAUCUCAGACAUUCUGCUGUAAUACCACUAGAUAGUUGCUACGUGAGAACAAUGAUGAACGAUACGCUCGCUGACUUUGUAUCCGCAUAUAUAUGUUUUGUAUGUCAGGAACGAAUUGCACUCGGUCUAAAAACAGAAUUAAUGUAAACACAUUGAAGUAAUUAUGAAGUGCGAAAAAUCAGUCAGAGUCGCUCUCAGAUACUAGCUUGAAGACGUAAACAGAUAAGACGUUUCCCCAUUGCAUCUGUCAGUUUCGAUGUUCGACUUUGAAUUGCAGAUUGCAAUUAGCAUUCGAUUCCAUUCACUAUCAAAAAUAUCAAAUUGAAAUAGAACCGAAUAAUUGCAUUGGAAUAAAAGGCAGUCGAAUAAUUAAAAAUACUUUGUUUACCUAUUAAUUGACAAAGAUAAAACCGAAUUGGAAGACAUUGUAGCACAGGCAUACGGGUGCAAAGUUGAUGAACGUAACAACGAUCCUGUGAUGCUCUGGACUGGCUCGAUUCCAAGCUUCAAUUGAUUUACCGGCAGAAUUGCGAAAAAAUCAUUUCCUAGAUGGUUCAGUAUGUGGAAAAGGUGAAGAUUAAGUGUAACGCAUGGAUUAGUUUCUUGAAUUUUCUAGAAUUUUUCGUACCCAAGGAAGUCCAAAAAUGGCCAUUUUCUAACAUCCUCCUUUGUUUUUCAUUUCCCACGCGUAUACUUGACAAGUUUUCAAACUUGAUUUUCCAAAAACUGCAGCCUCCAACGCAACUUUGUUACUCCUCAUUUUCAUCUUAUUUUGAUUUAUUAUUCAUCUUAUUGUCACGUGCAAGAAAACGUAAAGUUCGAAUAUACAGAACGUACUGUAAACGCGAUUGUCUUGAACUCGUUUCAAUUAUUUUCCUACACGUAGAAUCUCUCUGACCCCGUUUAUUAUUUUAAUAUACCCUUUUUGUAGCUUAACGAACUGGGUAAUAUGUAAGUCAUUUAUUUAAGUUUUUCAGUAAUAUAGGUUUGCGUAAAUUUUAUGCAUUCGUUUUACUCCUUGGUUCUUAAUGGGUUAAAUUUUCGUUUUGCUUGACACACAAUCAGGAUAGCAAAUCAACUCUCUAUAUGGACAAUAAUGACCACAUUUGCACAGUCAUCGUCGUUGACACAAACAACUGCUUUUCUAUUACGAUAUCCUACAAUUUAUUAAUUCUUAUAUUUUUAUUGUAAUGUUACGUUUUCGUCAAUUUGCUAUAGUAAUAAAUGUUUUGAUUUCUGCAAACUGACAAUCAAAGGCGAUACUUACUGUCUUUCUGUAGAAUAUACAGAUAUAGAUCUGUUAUAUGUAAUUUAAAUUGUUUAUUUAAAAAUCUUAUCAAUACUAUAUUAAAAUGAAAUACUUAACAGAUAAGUUGAACGAGCCAUUUUGAAAUUGAUAGCGAGGCUAUCGUGAUUGAAAUCGAUUAACAGAGAGACUUAUCGUAUAUUUCUUAGCCUCGCUAUCGAUUCUAAGGAAACUUGUACAACUUAUCUGUUAAAUGUGCUCAGAAUAACAAUAGCUUCUUGUACAAAAGCUACUCAACGAAGCUACUCCAAAAUAUUUGACAUUUACUAAUACUAAUAAUAAUUCGUUAGAGAUAUUUAUCGUGCCAUGAUAUUCUACGAUAACUCUAAUAUAGAUCAAUGUUGUCCCGAAUCUUUCCGCUUUAAUUUUACAAGUAAAUUACAGUCUGUUAAUAAAGUCAAGUGUCUACAGUCUACGUAGUCUUAUAUAAGCAGCAAUGAAUGAGUAUAUUAAUAUUUUUAUCGUUUGUUGAAAAUAUUAGUACGUAGCUGCAAAACAGCCAAAUCUCAGACUGAUUAGUGUUAAAGAAUGGAAAGAAAAUUCAGAUUGGCCAGUAAUAACGAAUGGAAAAAGUUACUGGUGUGAGCAAAGCCAAAAGUGGAGGAACGUCUACAAGAAAGGAAAAUUUAUAAAUUAAUUUGCAAUGGUAUACGUUUGAGAAUAUUGUGGUAAACUUCUCAUUCUAUGUGCCAUAAUGUAUAUAUUAUUAAUAUAUUUAUUUUAUUCAUGA